UCCUCUUUGACCUUUUACCCCUAAACAUGGCGUCAAAGUGAAAACGAAGAAACGGACUCAGAAACGAUAAAAAUGAUGAAAUCGGCUCAUAUUUAGACCUUUCCCGAGCCUUGCAAAGAUGACCCGUAUGCGGGAGAACGAUCUGAACCGUCCUGGGGCGGCGGGGAACAUCCCAGGCGAGCCAGACGGCUGGAGCUGGCUGCUGGGCUUCGUCAUACCGGCCGUGGUGCCUCCACUUGUCGCUUGGAUUGUCUACAGAACUGAUGAAAAGGAGAAGGAAAAGUUGGAGAAAGAACACCAACAUGAAACCUUACGAGCAAAGAUACAGAUGGACCAUCUAGAGCAAGAGAGUGGCACCGUACGGGACAAGCUGAAAAACAUGCAAGAGGAAAACUCCAAGCUGCGCGAAAAGCUGGCAAGCCACCACGUGGUGAAGGAGAGAGAUCAACACUACAUCUCAAAACUGGAAGAAGAGAAUCAAACACUGAAGCAAGACUACAAGAGACAGCAGGAGCAAAUAUACCAGCUUGCAAGAAGGCUGAGCGACGUGUACGUAGAUACAAGUGUUUCCAAGGAGCCAGAAAGUCCCAAGAUGGCCACAGGACCCUUUGGUUUCACUUUGAAGGAGUCACUAGCGUACAAACAGAAGGAACGAGAGAUCCGUGCAAAGGAGGAGUACCUUACCAAGCUGGAGAAUCAGCUACGACAGAGGCAGAACAUGAAGUGUAGUUACUGGAACCCCAUGAAAAGCAGCUGGCAUCGCGAGCACUUAGAGCGAGAGAUGUUGGGAGAGGCGGACACCAACGUUCACGCUCGAAGUCUUCGUGUUCCGGUUGCCCUGCGCGAAAUCUUCAAGUACGACGACUACUGUGCGCCGAGACCAGAGGAUCAUGGGAGACUGAUGUGGACAUUUUGGAGGCAGUGGAAGAUGGAGGUGGAGAGGGAGAAAAACAAACUGUUGGCUGAGAGAUUGGCUCAGGAUCCACGCAAAAAUUAACCAAAACAGACGCUGGAUUUAGCAAACAUCCAGAAUAGUCUUACAGGCACACAUUCUUUAGGCAAAAUCAGUCUUAAACAAUUUUUGAAACAUUGUUCAAUUGUAAUGUCAAAGGGACAUUGUGUAGGUUCAUAAAUGAAAUCUUAAUUCCAUGCACCUGUUGCAUAGUUUCACCCAUGCAUCAAUUUUUGUAUAAUUAUAGCAAAGACAAUAGAGAGGUUUGUUCAAGGUGUAGGGAAAGAACACUUCUGUGAUAAAAUUCCGUGAUACAAUUUUCCCUUAUAUUAAAUUAACGUUUUUGUGUAUUCCUAGGGUCUUUUCCUGCAAACACCCAAAUAGUACAUGUAAGGACGGUAGAAGUAAAAGUUGCAGUUGAACUGAUGACUUUUCAGUAAUUGUCUCAAAGAAAAAAUAUGCAUUAUGAAAGGGAAAUCUCUGCAUGAAAAGAAAAGACCACACUAUCAAUGACUGCUGCUAGGGAGGGCUACAUGUAGGUGCAAAAAUGUGUAUGGUAUAUUGUGUAUAGAAGUCCGUGUGAAUUAUUACAUUGUCACAUGUUGUAAGACUUGGGGUGAAAAUUAAAA